GUUUUGAAUUUUCAACCCAAGGCUUCGAUCAUGGUGUCCGCGAAAGCGCAAGAAUUUGUCGAGUCUACGAUUGCCGCCAACAAGAUCACCAUCUUUAGCAAGACCCGCUGUCCUUACUGCACCCUCGCGAAGAAUGUGCUCACGGGAAUCGGCGCACAGUACGCUGUAGUCGAGCUAGACAACCUCUCCGAUGCCGACGAAAUCUUUGAUGCGUUGGAAGCAAAGACAGGCCGUGACACGGUGCCCAAUGUGUUUGUCAACGGCACGAGCAUUGGCGGUGGCUCGGACGUCGAUGCCCUCCACAAACAAGGCAAGUUGGUCUCCCUUCUUCAAGAAGCUGGCGCUUUGUAAAGAUGAUCGCCAUGUCCGGUGUAUCCCUCUCGAAGUAGAUAUACGACUUACAUACAUACACGUUGAUAUCCA